GUGGAUUUCCACGCAUAAGUAUUUUGGCAUUCUGGAUUCUACUCUGAGCCUCAGCCGUGGUCUCGGCUGUCAAUUCACCGUCCCGCGUGCCUCGCGCACAGCAAAGUGGCAGGGGUCGGGAAGGUGUGCUAGAAACGAUGUGACUUCCAAUCCCUCGGGAUCUUACAAUCUAAAAUUAGACUGGGUCACGUUUUAUUGGGGGAGAAUUCGGGGAAAAUGUCCGUGGAGGAAGCAGCAAAUGGACAGGUGUUAAAUUGGGGGAGAAGGAAGAGUCAAUUAGAAUGGGGAUUCCGAGUAGAGAAGACCUGCCUGAGCAGAAUUAUACAACAGAGAUUAUUAGGCGCUAAGCAAUGAAAGAUAGGUAGGCCCUGUGUUGUGAAGGGUUUUGAGUACCAGGCAGAGGAGUUUUUACCUAAUUCAGGGAUCUGUUCAGAACAAGCCAUUGGAUUGAAGCCGACUGUAUGAAGAAAGAUCUGGAUCCCUGUGUAGCAAUUUGGUUUGAAAAUGCGUCAGAGCCUGUAAGGUUCAGUGUUUCCCUCUCAAGAUGCCCCUUUCAGACUUUAUUCUGGCCCUGAAGGACAAUCCCUACUUUGGGGCUGGAUUUGGGCUUGUGGGUGUGGGCACGGCCCUGGCCCUGGCCCGGAAGGGUGCCCAGCUGGGCUUGGUGGCAUUCCGGCGCCAUUACAUGAUCACACUGGAAGUCCCUGCUCGAGACCGAAGCUAUGCCUGGUUGCUUAGCUGGCUCACCCGCCACAGUACCCGUACUCAGCAUCUCAGUGUUGAGACUUCAUACCUUCAGCAUGAGAGUGGGCGCAUCUCCACUAAGUUUGAAUUUGUCCCCAGCCCUGGAAACCACUUUAUCUGGUACCAAGGGAAAUGGAUCCGAGUGGAACGAAGCCGAGAGAUGCAGAUGAUAGACCUGCAGACAGGGACUCCUUGGGAAUCUGUCACCUUCACAGCUCUGGGCACUGACCGAAAGGUUUUCUUCAACAUCCUGGAGGAAGCUCGAGAGCUAGCCUUGCAGCAGGAGGAAGGGAAGACGGUGAUGUACACAGCCAUGGGCUCUGAAUGGCGCCCUUUUGGCUAUCCACGCCGACGGCGGCCACUGAGUUCUGUGGUUCUAGAACAGGGUCUGGCUAACCGAAUUGUCCGAGACAUCCGGGAAUUCAUCGAUAACCCCAAGUGGUACACUGACAGAGGCAUUCCCUACAGACGUGGCUACCUGCUUUAUGGGCCCCCUGGUUGUGGAAAAAGCAGUUUUAUCACAGCCCUGGCUGGGGAACUGGAGCACAGCAUCUGCCUGCUGAGUCUCACAGACUCCAGCCUUUCCGAUGACCGGCUCAACCACCUGCUGAGCGUGGCCCCGCAGCAGAGCCUGGUGCUCCUGGAAGAUGUGGAUGCAGCCUUUCUUAGCCGGGACCUAGCUGCAGAGAACCCAGUCAAGUACCAAGGUCUAGGUCGUCUCACCUUCAGUGGACUGCUCAAUGCCUUGGAUGGUGUGGCUUCCACUGAGGCACGCAUUGUGUUCAUGACCACCAACCAUGUUGACAGGCUGGACCCUGCACUGAUCCGCCCUGGACGAGUAGACAUGAAGGAGUACGUGGGCUACUGCUCACACUGGCAGCUGACUCAGAUGUUCCAGAGGUUCUAUCCAGGGCAAGCACCUUCCCUGGCCGAGGCUUUUGCAGAACGCGUCCUUCAAGUUACAACUCAGAUCAGUCCUGCCCAGGUCCAGGGCUACUUCAUGCUGUAUAAAAAUGACCCUGCAGGGGCAGUUCAUAAUGCCGAGUCUCUGAGGACGUGACAGGCUGGCCAUGCUCAGCUCUUCUCUAGCUCAAUAAACACCUGCCACACCGC